UCGAGCCCCUCCUCCUCCAAAUGAAGCUAGGACGAUGGCUCUUUACCCCUUCACAUUACCGAGUGGUUUUUGCUGGUGGAGGGAUUAUGGGCUGCAGCAGUGCGUUCUUUUUAACGAGACACGUCCCUCCUUCUCAAAUAUGUAUCGUGGAACGUGAUCCAACAUAUAAGGAGGCUUCAACUGUAUUAUCUGUUGGUUCGAUAAGACAGCAGUUCUCACUGGCUGGUAACAUCCUUCUCUCGUUGAAAUCCUCAAAGUUUUUAAGAGAAGACCUCAAGACAGAACUUGUGGUGGAAAGGGAUGCUCCUCCUGAUAUCCAGUUUUCAAGUGGUGGCUACCUUUUCCUUGCGAGUAAAAAGGGAGAGGACACUUUGCGGCGAAACUGUGAACUGCAAUGUUCCCUUGGAGCUGAUAUUAAAUUGAUGGACUCGGGAGAAUUAGGUACGACUUUUCCAUGGUUAUGCACUGAUGACUUAGCAAUUGGAACAAUUGGUCAAGUCAAUGAGGGCUGGUUUGACCCUUGGCUUCUUCUCACUGCUUUUAAAAAGAAGCUAUUGUCACUGGGCGUACAGUUUGUCCAUGGUGAAGUGAUUGGACUGAAUCUGGAACAGAAUAAAGUCAAGCACGUACAGGUGCAUGAAUCAGAUUCAAAAGAGACUGAGCUGGGUUGUGAUUUUUUCGUCAAUUCCGCUGGGCCUCAUGCUGCAAAAAUUGCCAAAAUGGCUGACAUAGGCAUGGCCUCUCACCCUAACCCAAUCAUGAGAGUCCCCCUUCCUGUCAGUCCGAGAAAGAGGCAAGUGUUUGUGUUUCAUUGUCCAAGAGGACCAGCUAAUCCGGUGUUAGUCGUAGAUCCUUCCGGAGCAUAUUUCAGACGAGAGUCCCAAGAUGGCAUGUACAUUGCUGGUAUUAGCCCCCCACCUCACAAAGACUUUGAAACGACAAAUUUAGAAGUCGACUAUAAUCAGUUUGAUGAAACCUUGUGGCCUAUUCUUGCCUCUCGAGUCCCAGAGUUUGAAAGCUUGAAAGUCAAGGGGGCAUGGGCUGGGUUUUACGACUAUAACACUUUUGAUCAGAAUGCGAUUUUGGGACCUCAUCCAGUAAUCAACAAUUUUAUAUUUGUGAACGGGUUCAGCGGUCACGGUAUACAACAGUCCCCAGAAGUAGGCAGGGCCAUUAGCGAGUGUAUUGUCUAUGGGAAACCGAGUCUGAUGGGCUUGGAUAAGUUUGGAUUCUCCAGGAUACUCGAAGGAAGGAAACUAUUGGAAAACAAUAUUGUGUAGUAGAGUGCAUUCUUUGCCUUUUAAUUCAAUAAUUCUUACAGUGAACUUCAAAGCAAUGGAUUGAAAAUCAGUUACACUUUGUGCUAAUUUAUCAUUCUCUUCUCUCUUCCUUUCUCUUCCCCUUUUUGCCUCUCUAUACAUGCAUAUAUCUGUUUUGUCUGAAUGCAUGACUACCGUGAAAUGGCUUUUAUUUUGCCUCAUGGUUUGUAUAGCAUUGACUAGUGCUCUUCAUUGAAUACAUAUCAAGGACUAUAAACA